GCGCACGCAUGCGCGUGUGUGCGUGUGUGCCUGCAGCCACCCUCACAGACCUGCACUUCCUGGCCCCGCUUUUGUGCCACCACAGACACUUUGGGUCGCUCUGACUGAGGCUGUUGUACUGGAAAGACUGCGUGUUUGUCUCGCUCGGCUCACAGGGCGUCCUCCCUGGGCUCAGUCGUUAGGGGACACCCCACUGGGUUCCUUUCUCCCCACUCCUGCCUCUUUUCAAGCUGGAACAGAACAGGAGAACAACGGCCAAGCACGAGGACCAGAGGCGAGACCAGAAGGCGGAAAGAUGCACGCGGGCUCCCGCUCUGGUGCCCUGGUGGCCCUUCUCUUCUGUUUCUCUUGCCCAGCCAGAGGAACAAGAGAAGGGAUCGAUGUGGCUGUCGGGGAAACAUCAGUGACCCUCACCUGCCCCGAGGAUGAUCAGGUGUUGAAAAGGUCAGAAGUGGAGGUCAGCCAGGAGACUCCCUGGACUGCCAAGGAGGAGGGGGAGCUGGAACAGAUGGAGCGAGGGGUCGUCUAUGUCUGCAAUAGUGUGAAGGCCACUCACAAGAUUUACCUGAAAGUCAAAGUCUGCGAGGGGUGCGUGGAUCUGGGCCUUGGGCUUGUGGCUGGCGUCAUCGUCUCCGAUCUGCUGGUCACCCUUGGUGUCCUCAUCCUGGUCUACUUCUGCAGCAGGAGCCGUACGGCCAUCUUCAAGCAUGAGGCUAAAAAGGGGCAGCCAAAAGGCCAGAAAGUGGACUCUCCUCCACCUGUCCCCAACCCUGACUACGAGCCCAUCCGGAAAGGCCAGAGGGAGGUGUAUGCUGGACUGGCGCCUCGGAUCUUCUGAGCUCACCCGCCAUGGGCACCUCAUCAGAGGGCAGGCGGUCGGCGACAAAUGCCUCUUCUACACCAGCCCCUGACAGUGGCCAUGGGAAGCACUCGGACCCCCCCCCCCGCUCCUUUCGCAUCGGCUGCUUCCUCUCACCUCUUUGAGCUUUGUCGUCUGGAAAAUCUCUCUCAUUCUCUCUCUCUCUCUCUCACCCCCCCAAAUCGUGGCUUGCUUCCUCCACAUGGCUCAGUGUGCCUCAGGUGAGGCUACCUGAUCUCCUUGGAAGGAGAACCUCUGGGUGUUGCCUCUUCCUUUCUGGGCCUCCUGCUGGCUCACCUGCAGUCCUGCAUUGGACAGGUAGUGCUGCUGCUGCUGGUGGGGGUGGGGGUGGGUGGUGGCAAAAAGGGAGCUCUCAGGGCCCCUUUGCACACCAGGACGGGUCACAGGGAAAGAGGGUGGAUGGGCAGAGUUGGGGUCAGCAGGCAGGCUCCAAAGCUGAGCAUCUUCAGUGCUCCUGAGCCCAGAAUCUCUAAACCUACCUCCUGCUUGGUGGGAUCCAGGGAAUGGGGAAAGCCCUGGGCAGGAAGUCUGGCCCAGUUCUGGAGGCCCUGGCUCGGUGAGUUGGCUGAGCUUAGGCGCCUCCUCCACCCUCUGCCCCCUGCUUCCCUUAUAACCCCUCAUAGCCACCAGGGCCAUGCACAAGGCUCCUGUGACCGAGGGAUGGGUCGAUGUGAGCCAACUGGGUCCAAUGCCAAAACUAGCCAGUCGACCAGCACUGCUACUCAUCCUGCCUUUUAGGAAACCACAAGGCAUGACUUAGGUCACCCCUACAGCAGCUGCCACCACCACCUGGAACUUUUUGGAAAAGACCCGUUUUCAUCUUCACAUCUGGUUGUCCUUGGAAGGAGUCCUAAUAAAGCUUCUGCAACCUGUUCCCUC